GAAGUCACGCGCUUCUCUUCUUCCUUCUUUCCUCUCUCCGUUUCUGUCUUCUCUGUUUUGCUUUAUUAGCCCCUCCAUCGACAACGACAGCAUAAGAAGAAAGGGCCUCUCUUGCUCUCUCUCCAUUGUCGAUUGUAUUUUUUUAAAAAAAAUUCUGCUUUUUUUUUUCUGUUUUUGUUUAAUAAGGCUUUUGGGUGGUUGUUGAAAUCUCUUGAAGAGCCUCUCUCUCCCUAUGUGUUUUGGUAUGUUCAUCGUGAGGAGAGGAGAGGUUGGCUGAUGAAAUCUGGGUUCUUCGCUUGAUUAACAAUGGCUCAAGGCAGAAGAUACCUCCCUAAUCAACAAUUAGGUCUCUUUUUCUUUUUCCCUUUCCAAAUAUGUUAUUGCAAUGUGAUUUUAAUGAUUCAAGUUCCCCCCCUUUUUUUUUCCUGUGUAAAAGAUUGCUUCUUUUGAGUGAAACCGAGUUGCAUGACUUUAUUGAGUGAACACGUUCGAGUUUAUUGUCAGUGUAAAGUUAACACCUUUAAUCCGAAAAGAAAAGCUGGCCCUCAGCCUCGCAUGUAAUUUUAUCCAAUUUUAAUGUAAAAGGUUGAAUGAAUCUCUUCUUCAUGCUUUAUUUGGAACCGCUGAUUCAUUGUUGAUAUGAAAGACCUUCAGCAGAUACUGCAAGAAGCACAACAUCGAUGGCUUCGUCCUGUUGAAGUUUGCGAAAUACUUAGCAACUACCCCAAGUUUCGUUUAUCAGACAAGCCUCCCGUUAAGCCUCCAGCUGGAUCUUUGUACCUGUUUGACCGGAAAACAAUUCGAUACUUUCGCAAAGAUGGUCAUGAUUGGAGGAAGAAGAAGGACGGGAAAACUGUCAAAGAAGCUCAUGAAAAGUUGAAGAUUGGAAGUGUGGAUGUUCUUCAUUGUUACUAUGCACAUGGGCAAUUCAAUGAGAAUUUUCAGCGUCGUUGCUAUUGGAUGCUUGAUGGGCAGUUCGAGCAUAUUGUUUUUGUUCAUUACAGAGAAGUAAAAGAGGGGUACAGAUCUGGAAUCUCCCGUAUACUAGCAGACCCAGGAUCACAGAGUGAAAGCCUGCAAACUGGUUCAGCUCCUUCCCUAGCACAUGAAAAUUCACCUGCUCCUACAGUUCAGACAUCUCACGCAUCAACAAGCAGAAUUGAUUGGAAUGGGCAAACAUUGUCUUCUGAAUUUGAAGAUGUUGACUCUGGGGAUUAUCCAAGUACCUCUUCUCCUGUCCAACCUAUCUAUGGUUCCACAUCAUGUACUGCUUCAUUGGAGCCUGAAGUUGCAGGAAGGAAUCCUCCUGGUUCAUGGUUUGCAGGAUCUAAUUGUAAUAACAGCAGUGAAUCAUGUUUCUGGCCUGAAAUCCAUCACUCAGUUGCAGAUACCAUUAGCAUGCCAGACCAAAAACUCUAUGUUGAACGACCUACUACUGGUGACUUUAUAACGCAUAAAGAAGCAGAGGUGAGACUGCAUGAUGUCUCAGAUGUUGUAAAACGUGGAGAUAAGUUAAUCAGUGAUGUAGAAGCCCAAGCAGCGGGAGAAUCUCCCCAGAAAGUAAUUCAGGUGCCCCAGGAGUAUGGUUUCGGUUUGAUGGGUCUACUGUCUCAGAAUUAUUCUGGUCCCCAAAAGGUAGUCUCCUCUUCCGCUCAAAUUGAGAAUGAAUCCAAAGGCAGUGGUUUUAAUAAUGAUGAACCAGGGGAGCUUAAAAAGCUUGAUAGCUUUGGAAGAUGGAUGGAUAAAGAAAUUGGUGGAGAUUGUGAUGAUUCGUUGAUGGCUUCUGACUCUGCCAAUUAUUGGAAUACGCUUGACACUGAGACUGAUGACAAGGAAGUGUCCAGUUUAUCCCACCAUAUGCAGUUGGAUGUAGAUUCCUUGGGUCCUUCUCUUUCUCAGGAACAGUUAUUUAGCAUUGUUGAUUUCUCGCCUGACUGGGCUUAUUCAGGUGUUGAAACCAAGGUUUUAAUCAUUGGAAAUUUUUUGCGAACCAAGGAGCUUUCUAGUGCAUCGAAAUGGGGCUGUAUGUUUGGUGAAAUUGAAGUUUCUGCUGAGGUUUUGACUAACCAUGUGAUUCGUUGUCAAGUUCCUUCUCAUGCUCCUGGGUGUGUUCCAUUUUAUGUCACCUGCAGCAAUAGGCUGGCAUGCAGUGAGGUAAGAGAGUUUGAAUAUCGUGAAAAGCCACCUGGAUUUUCAUUUACCAAGGCUGUUAAAAGUACAGCAGCAGAGGAGAUGCACCUGCAAGUUCGUCUAGCAAAAUUGUUAGAUAUUGGCCCAGGGAGAAAGUGGUUGGAUUGUUCUGUUGAGGAAUGUGAUAAAUGUAGGUUGAAAAAUAACAUAUAUUUGAUGGAAGUAGCUAAUGCAAAUGAUAGUAUACAAUCUAAAGAGGGAUUGAUUCAGAAUUUGCUGAAGGAAAGACUUUGUGAGUGGCUACUAUAUAAAGUUCAUGAAGAUGGUAAAGGUCCACAUAUUCUGGAUGACAAAGGUCAAGGAGUUAUACACUUGGCUGCUUCUCUUGGUUAUGAGUGGGCAAUGGGCCCUAUAGUUGCUGCAGGAAUAAGUCCUAAUUUUAGAGAUGCACAAGGUAGAACAGGGCUUCACUGGGCGUCAUACUUUGGAAGAGAAGAAACUGUCAUCGCACUGAUUAAACUGGGUGCAGCUCCUGGUGCUGUUGAUGAUCCCACACCAAGUUUCCCUGGUGGACGAACUGCGGCUGAUUUAGCAUCAAGUAGAGGACACAAAGGAAUUGCUGGAUACCUGGCUGAAGCUGACUUGAUCACCCAUCUCUCUUCGUUGACUGUUAAUGAGAAUGUGGUAGGCAAUGAUGCUGCAACUACAGCAGCAGAAGAGGCCAUUGAGUCUGCUGCUCAAGUUGCUCCAUCUAAUGGGGCAUUAGAUGAGCACUGCUCAUUGAAAGGGUCCCUUGCUGCUGUUAGAAAAUCAGCUCAUGCAGCUGCUCUAAUUGAGGCUGCUUUUCGGGCUCUUUCAUUCCGGGAUAGACAAUUAACUGAAGGCAAUGAUGAGAUGUCCGAAGUUUCACUUGAACUAGGUCUUCUUGGGUCUUUGAACAGGCUUCCAAAGAUGAGUCAUUUUGGGGACUAUUUGCACAUUGCAGCCGCAAAGAUCCAACAGAAGUAUCGUGGCUGGAAGGGAAGGAAGGAAUUUUUGAAGAUACGAAAUCGAAUUGUGAAAAUUCAGGCUCACGUGAGGGGACAUCAAGUUCGUAAACAAUAUAAAAAGGUUGUUUGGUCUGUUAGUAUAGUUGAAAAGGUAAUCCUACGAUGGAGGCGUAAAGGUGCUGGUCUACGAGGAUUUCGUGUGCAAAAAUCAAUUGAAAAUGCAGCACCAGAGAUAGAGAUAGGUGAUGAAUAUGAAUUUUUACGACUUGGUCGACAACAGAAAGUUCGGGGAGUUGAGAAAGCUCUAGCAAGAGUCAAGUCCAUGGCUCGGGAUCAAGAAGCACGUGACCAGUACAUGAGACUAGCUACAAAAUUUGGAGAAUCGAAGGUUAGUGACAAAGGAAGCAGUGAUAGCAGCAACGUGCAAACCCACUGAAGAAAAGGAGGAAAAUUUGCUUGCAUUUUGUGGGUGAUCGAUGAUUCCAGUCCCAGCUAAUAUUGUCAAAGGCUUUUUGUGCGGUUAAUUGGUAUAUAUAGCUAUUGAUCCUGCCCCUAACUACUGCCUAACAUGCUUUACACGACGAUUUUGUCUGCAAUAACUUUUAGGGUAGAAGGGAUAGCAAGGGGAAGGGAAGAGGGGGUUGUAGAUUUAACAUUUUCUUUUUCUAUAUACCCUUUGUAAACAGCAAUUAAUUUUAUUUUUCAUUGGAAUGGAUAGAUGCCCUUUAUCUUAUAGUAA